GCCGCGAGGGCGGUGCAAUGGCACCAAGUAGCCUCGCCAGCCUGCGCUCCAGAGGCUGCGCGCCAACGGGAGAGCGAGCGCGUAGACGGCAGGCAGGCUGGCUGCCUGGUUGGGCGUGAGGGUCCGGCUGCUGGGGAAGGAGGGAGCCUCCCCCUGGCCCUCCUCCCGCUUCCCCCCUCCCCGCCCGCACAGCCGCCUGGGCCUGGGCCGGGCUUGGGCCGAGAGGCGGAGGCGCUCGGCACAGCCUUAAAACUUUCCGGAGCGGCCGUGGCGCUUGGGGGCAAUGUGGCUGCUGUGGCUGCUCCUGGGCUCGGCGGAAGGCCAACAGUUGCCUUGGAAUAACUUCACAAAUGAAUGUAAUAUUCCUGGAAACUUCAUGUGCAGUAAUGGACGUUGCAUCCCAGGAGCCUGGCAAUGUGAUGGGCUGCCAGACUGCUUUGACAAAAGCGAUGAGAAGGAAUGCCCAAAAGCCAAAUCUAAGUGUGGCUCCACCUUCUUCCCCUGCGCGAGUGGAAUUCACUGUAUCAUUGGCCGCUUCCGAUGCAAUGGUUUUGCAGACUGCCCUGAUGGCAGCGAUGAAGAAAACUGCACAGCGAAUCCCUUGAUAUGCUCUACUGACCGAUUCCACUGCAGGAACGGUUUGUGCAUUGAUAAAAGCUUUAUGUGUGACAAUCAGGAUAACUGCCACGACAACAGUGAUGAGGAUAGCUGUGGAAACCCUUCUGAAGCUGGCAGCGACCAGAAUUAUGUGACCUCGGAGCCUCAGCUGAUCUUCUAUCCCAGCAUCACCUAUGCAGUCAUUGGCAGCUCUGCCAUUUUUGUGCUGGUAGUGGCCCUCCUUGCCUUGGUUUUGCACCACCAGCGAAAGCGCAACAACCUCAUGACGCUUCCUGUGCAUCGACUGCAGCACCCCGUCCUCCUCUCCCGGCUGGUUGUCCUCGACCACCCACACCAGUGCAGUGUCACCUACAAUGUCAACAACGGGGUCCAAUACAUGUCCAACCAGGCCUACCACAGGCCACCAGACCUGGACUCCCCACCAUCCUAUUCAGAAGCUGUGCUUGACCAAAGACCACCGUGGUUUGAUCUUCCUCCACCUCCUUAUUCCUCAGAAUCAGAAUCCCAGAAUCACAUAGAACUCCCUCCAUAUCGCUCUCGGACUGGGAGUGUGGCAAGCACAGAUGCUACAGCGGCAAGAAGUCCAGGGACUGUGGACAGUAGUCGAACAAGAAGCACCGCUUCCAGUGUGGACUCUCGCGGCGCACUGUGUGAAAUUACAGCUGAGCAGAUUGACUCUCUGAUCAAUUCAGAUUCUGUCAGAGCGCUGUAAACA